AUGCCUCUCAUUAACGAAUCUCACGACUCUUUACCUUACGUCGACGCUGAGCCUUCGGCUUCCGCGUACCAAAGAGCUCAGCAGCUCAUCAACGCCGAAUUAUCGCCAGAACACUCCUCCACGAUUCACCCCUCAAUCCCACCAGCCCCAGAACCAAAUUACUCCCCUCUCAUCCAAAAAGAACUCGAGCGCAAGGCGACCGGCGCGCCUCUCACCGGUGGAAUCGACCUAACUCGCUACGAGGCGCCCGAACCCCCAGUUCGCGCCGCAGCCGGCGAGAGCCCCAAUCUCGACGAAUGGCGCCAGGCGCUGCAAAGCGCAUACAAAUCAAGUUCACAUCUGUCUAAGCGCCAUGAGAACCUGACUCUCCUCGAUGAGCAUGGCAAGAACGCGUGGUUAGUCGGUAACUCGCAGCUUGAAUACAUUCUUGGCGGUCUUGAGAAGGAGCUGGCCGAGACGAAGGAGAGUGCGGAAGAGGUGAAUAAGCAGCGGAAGCUUGCUCAGGAGGCGAGGUUUGGGGAGUUGUCGAGUCUGGAAGAGACUUGGAAGCGGGGACUUGGAGCUAUUCUUGAUGUGGAACUGGCGUCCGAGGGUAUUCGGAUGCAAAUUUUGGAGCAUCGGAGACAAAUGGCACAGCAGCAGUCGCGCUAA